AUGACAGGUCAUAACAGCUGGGGCUAUGGGCAGAAAGAAGGACCUUCUGAGUGGUACAAGUCCUACCCCAUUGCCCAAGGAAGUCAUCAAUCCCCCAUUGACAUCGUCUCCACACAAGCCAUUUAUGACCCCUGUCUGAAGCCCCUUCACAUUUCAUAUGAGUCAUGUUCAUCUCUUGACAUCUCCAACAACGGGCAUUCAGUCAUGGUAGACUUCAAGGAUGUUGAUGACAAAACAGCUGUCAGUGGGGGGCCGUUGGAAGAGCCUUAUAGGCUGAAGCAGUUCCACUUUCACUGGGGGACAAGCCAAGAUUCCGGAUCAGAGCAUACUAUUGAUGGGAAAUCUUUUCCGUGUGAGCUCCAUUUAGUUCACUGGAAUGCCAAGAAAUAUGUGUCUUUUGGAGAGGCCGUGGCAGCCCCAGAUGGCUUAGCAGUGGUUGGUGUUUUAUUAGAGAUUGGAGAAGAACAUGCGGGUAUGAACAGAUUGACAGAUGCCUUGUAUAUGGUGAAAUUUAAAGGGACAAAAGCCCAGUUCAAGUGCUUCAAUCCAAGCAGUCUCCUGCCCCCAUGUCUAGAUUACUGGACAUAUCCUGGAUCUUUAACGACACCUCCCCUUAAUGAGAGUGUGACAUGGAUAGUGCUGAAGGAGGCUAUCAGAAUAUCUGAUAAACAGAUGGAGAAAUUCCGAACUCUCCUCUUUACAACAGAGGAAGAUGACAGGAUCCAGAUGGUGAAUAACUUCCGUCCUCCUCAGCCUCUGAAGGGAAGGGUGGUGCGUGCAUCAUUCAAGGCCUGAGAAAUGGUGGCGAUGGUGGUAGAGGGGGCGUAUGACAAGGGAACUUCAAAACGUUCAGACGGCUUCCAUAUC